CAGACCCAUGACUUCCAUCGGCACACCAGCUCGGCCGUGUCGCAGCAUCUUGAGGAGGGCGAGUGACGAGAUGUAGACGGUUUCGGCAUUAUCUAUGAUGUUUGUGUCCUGGGAGAUGCAUUAGCCAUCGAAUAUUUGGCCUCGUAUCUCCUUUCUCACGUGUGUGGGAGCGCCACCACUACCGCCCAUGCCUUGAGCUGCCGCAAGCAUUCUUGAUAACCGGUCCAUGGCGGCGGCGGCGAGUGUUGAUGUGGUAGAUCACGGAAGUGUCGUAUGGGGUGUUGAUGUCGCCCUCGCGCGGAUCUGAGCUUCAUCGGCGGUCGGAUGACGGGCCGAAGCGAAGUAGAGCUGGGCCAUUUCCACUUUCGAAAGCACACCGAUUGCACUCAGAGCCUCUCCUCGACUUCGCCUCGCGAUACGCAGAAUGGUCAAUAUGCCUACGGGAACUGGAGGUUAUGCGCCAAUCGAUACGCCUGCUGCUCCAUCACAACCCAAGAAAGUGGCCUACUUCUACGACUCCGAUGUGGGUAACUACGCCUACAAUGCCGGUCACCCUAUGAAACCACACCGUAUUCGAAUGGCCCAUUCCCUGAUUAUGAAUUAUGGGCUCUACAAGAAAUUGGAGAUUUACCGAGCGAAGCCAGCAACGAAAUACGAAAUGACCCAGUUCCAUACUGACGAAUAUGUCGACUUUCUGCAACGUGUCACGCCAGACAAUAUGGAUGGUUUCAUGAAGGAGCAAGGUCGCUACAAUGUCGGAGAUGAUUGUCCAGUGUUUGAUGGUCUGUUCGAAUUCUGCGGUAUCAGCGCAGGAGGGAGCAUGGAGGGAGCUGCCCGAUUGAAUAGAGGGAAAUGCGAUGUCGCCGUGAAUUGGGCUGGAGGACUGCAUCAUGCCAAGAAGAGCGAAGCUUCAGGAUUUUGCUACAUCAAUGAUAUCGUUCUCGGCAUUCUCGAAUUGCUGCGUUUCCACCCACGCGUCCUCUACAUCGACAUUGACGUACACCACGGCGACGGCGUUGAAGAAGCCUUUUACUCCACCGACCGUGUCAUGACUGUUUCUUUCCACAAGUAUGGCGAAUACUUUCCGGGUACGGGCGAGCUCAGAGAUAUUGGCGUAGGAGCUGGGAAGAACUACGCUGUCAACUUUCCCCUCCGAGACGGUAUUGAUGACAAGAGCUACAAGGGCAUUUUCGAACCCGUCAUUGGUUGGGUCAUGGAAUACUACAAGCCUACUGCUGUUGUUCUGCAGUGCGGUGGAGACUCGCUCUCUGGCGAUCGAUUGGGUUGCUUCAACCUGUCCAUGCGUGGUCACGCUAACUGUGUCAACUACGUCAAAUCCUUCAAUCUGCCAACACUGAUUCUCGGCGGCGGCGGCUACACAAUGCGAAACGUCGCUCGUACGUGGGCUUAUGAGACUGGUCAGCUUGUCGGAGUGGAAAUGGGUCCCGAUCUUCCUUUUACCGACUACUACGAAUACUACUCGCCCGACUUUGAGCUCGAUGUCAAGCCCAGCAAUAUGGAUAAUGCGAACUCUCCAGAAUAUUUGGAAAAGAUCAAGGCACAAGUCCUCGAAAAUUUGAAGCGUACCACACAGCACGCACCAUCGGUUCAAAUGCAUGACGUACCCAGAGAACCUCUUGGUAUGCACAAUGCCGGGCCAGAUGGUGAGGCGGAGACUUUUGAGGAACAAGAAGAUCGACUUGAUGAUGAGGAUGCCGAUGCAAACAAGGACAAGCGAUAUACCCAGCGUCAGUUGGAUGCCAAGACCACGCGCGAUGAUGAUGAAGACUCUGAUGAUGAGGAAUAUGAGGCUGCGAAUGGAAUCUUACGGCAGCGCAAGAUUGGUAUAAUGGACCAUCUCAACCAGCAUGCACCCGCCGACGACUCCGGUACUAACACGCCUGCUGAAUCUAGAAGCGUCAACGGCGAUGCGGAGGACGGAGAUGCUAUGCAGGUGGAUAACAAAGUCGAGGGAGAGGCUGCCGAGGAGGAAGUGAAGCCCACCGCAGCGAAAUUGCCAGCGCCAGAGAAAGAGGGCUCUGAUGGUGCUAUGGAGGUCGAUCAAGUCGAAAAGGAUGCCGGGGAGGAAGAGGUGAAUUCCACUAGCCAGGCCACGAAGGAGAGUGGUAAGACAGAACUCCCAGCCCAGACUUGGUCUUAA